UUUGGAGUUUUUGGAAUCAAUAUUAUUUUCGAGAAUAUGGAUGAGGAGACAUUGAACAGGCUAGCUGCUGAGGCUCUGAUCGAAGAGGCGAAGGUUGGAGCUCGAAGGGCUGAAAUAAUGGGCCCCAGUGGCUGGGUGAAACCCAAGGAGACCAUCAACAAACGAUUCCUACGUUCCACACUGCGAAAUGCAAUUCUAUCCAACAGGCACAAACAGAGAUCGAAGGAGAAACGGUGUGAGACGUCCUCCCACAAAGAUAGCAGUUCCAAAAAUGAUGAGAGGUCCAGGAGUAAGAGGAGAGAAUAGUUGACUACUUGGGGAAAUCCAACUAAUACCUCACGGAGAUAAAAUGCUAAUAAUGACGAGAGGUUCAGGAGCAGAAGGAGAGAAAGUUCAGGACUUGGAUAAUGACUUAUCAUGACAAGAGAUGUGUAAAAAAUUAUUAUUCAAUUAUUUAUCUCUCUAAAAUAGUAUUUUAAUAAAUCAUAACAAGUAAAAGUGAAAA